CUCUCAGUGUGAUUGACAGUUGCGGCGAGCAUUGAUCAAGGUACGGACGUGCGAUCGAAUAAGCCGAUCACUUGCGAUGUUUCCGACAUCCGUCUGAUCAAGAACACACUUGGCUGUCGUGAAAAUCCAGUAAGGUUCAGUACAGAUUGGCGAGAGGUCAACGUUGCAUAGUCGACGACUCUUCGCCGCGGAAGGAAACCGAUUGGAAGCGCUGGAGGCUCGACCGUAAACUUCCCCUUCUUCAGUGUGGGCAGUUGAUGCGCGACGCGCACUCUGUAACGAAGACUCGAGCUGGGCGACACUCGAAGCUGACGAAGAAGAAGAAGAAGAAGAAGAGACUCUUGUACGUGCGCGACGCGAGGUGUUAGGAUUCUAUAUUAGAACAGGAAUUUUAAGUAAAUCUUUUUUCUCUGUGCUCGUUUUAAACAACAGUAUUUAUUCUACAUGCGAAAAUAUCUCCCCGAAUAAGAGUGACUCGAUUCAUAGGACAAGAUUUUCUAUCGAUUUGAUCUUUGAACAAAUCUAGGUCUGAAAUCUGAAUCUGAAAUUUGAUGUGGAGAUUUCGGAUUGUUGUAGAGCUCGGAUUUAUUUCCCGGAGACACACAUACGUAGAUAAGAUAAUAUCUAGGAGAAGAAAUUAUGAAAAUAGGUUUUUCUUAAACUGCCAUUAAUUAAAGUACAAAGUUAAGUGAUAAAAAAAAAGAACUCAUGUAAAAUCGCAGAAGAAUCAAACUCUUCUUGAAUUUGCAACACGAUCUUUCGUUGUUUGUUCAUUCGACUCGUGUUUUAUGUGUGUGUGCACUUAUCUCUCUCCGGUCUCUUUCUUAUCUAUAAUAUAUUUUCACAUAAUGUCCGACGUACGCUCGUUUUAAUAUUGUUUGAUGUAACGGUGUUGUUAAGUUACAUUAUAAAUGAGAUUAGUGAUCUUCCGGAUCACGAUAUCAAUUCGAAAAGGUCGCGUGCUCCUAUCGUAUCGUUGAACUAUACCAUGGCGCCAGAAUAAAGCAGAAGGUCGCGAUUACCGCUCUUCAGUAUCAUCGUGGCGGCCGCAUUUCACGGAGGUGUUUAAGAUCUGUUUUUAUUGUUUCAUUUUUCAGACUUGAGAGCGGCCGCGGAUCUCAAUCUCUUGUUUCGCAAACUCUGGCGAACUCUGACAAAACCUUGUUUGUUUCGAUUGGAGCGACAACUGUUUGCUCGUCGUGUGUGUCUCAGCUGUUUUUUUUUUUGACAAAAGUUCACACUACCGGCAAAAAGAUUUUGCCAUUGUUCGCUAUCGGAUUGUUCCCAUGUCUCUGGGAAACAAUAACAAGCGUGUAUAAAACGCUAGACAGCGGCACGAGAACAAGUCGGCAGAUAAGGAACAACAACUGUCGGUGGUGGUAGAUCAGGUCGUGUCACCAUGCUGCUGUGGUGACGGUAGAGAGAAUUGGCGAGUAGUGGUUGUGUCGAGUAGCGCUGACGACGCGACGGCGGCAGUGAUGCCGAGAAGCCUGCGAAACCAGGAUUGCUGCUCUUCUCCGUUGAUCCGUGAAGCCUGCGAGCUUUCCGCGAAAGGCUACGAACCGGUGGUCGAUCGCGGAUGUACGUGGGGAUGUUAUGUAAGCCAAAACACAUACACAUUCUCUUCUUCUUCGAUGAGACCGGGUAUUUCCCGAAUAUCGCAGUCGGAAGAAUCAUGAUCGGAUAAAAUCGAGCGAAGCAGUUGUGCUUUUCACGUGGAUGUGACAACAUCGAGGCGAGCGGCGCUCCGUCUCGAUUUUGCGAAGCGUGUGUUUUCUUUUAUUUGUACAUCAUGUGGCGCCAAUUUGUCUGUUACAAUGACGUAACGAAAAAACGUGUGAUUUAAUUUCUAAAGAACUCUCUUUGGUAAAAUCCGUCCGGAUUUUCAAGCUACGUACGACGGAGGUGCAUAAUAACAGGCCAUGCAUAUCAAGAAACACCGGGUUGGUCAGCGCGACGACGUGAGGAAUCUUGAUCUUGCAGGUGAUCAAGUUACCUGCUCGAAGGAUGCGGAACAGCACGAGGACAGCACGGUAUACGCAUGGCUGAGUCUGGACGAGGUGGCGAGCUUCGGUGAGGAAGAUGCGCAGCUGAAGACCGAGGAUCCGGAAGAAGAGGACGAGAAGGAGGAAAGGAACUCAGGAAUGUCUACAGCGUCAGUCAACAAGCUGCAAGUGCUGUGGGAUUAUUUUAUUCACGCCGAACCCCAGAGUUACGAGAAAUCAUCCUGGCUCGAUAUAUUUCUUGCGGAAUUACUCGCGCAGAUUAACGAAGGCAAAGACGUAAAAGAUGUUUUGUCUUUUUGCUCAAUUGGCGGCGGCGGCGUGUCGACUCUCGUGGCCUGCGAGCUGCUCUCGGACGUGCAUGAGCUGUGUGGGAAAAGAAACGACAACGUCGAGCUGGUCGGCCUGCGCAGAUAUUUGGUCCAGGAUCGCGGUUGGCGUUAUCUGGCGGUUCUGGAUCUGCUGGGCGUACGCGGUCUGUCUUGCGGUCGCGAGCUGGUCGCGCUGUUGGUCGCUCUCUAUCCGGUCGCGCUCCAAGAGAAGGCCGGUUUGUCCGGAUUGCAAAAAUCUCGCGGCGAGUUGCCCGCCAACGGCGGGUCGCCUACACGCAAUCCGUACGUGAGGUUUCGCAGUAACGACGAUACCGUCGACACGAUUGACAUUGUGCCGCGCGCGAGACGCAAGAGCGCCAAGGGUUCCGGUCGCAGGAGUUUCUCGCACGAGAGCAAUGCGCCGCUGCGCAGAAGAUAUGCUCGCAAACACGUCAACACGGGAGCCGCAAAAGUUCACCAAAACUCCAAUCACAAGCAGAAGAGAAUCUUAGAAGCGCGGCGCAACAUGCCCGAUGACAUGACAACCAGCGAGUCCGAGACACCGACGGAUGGCGUCGACCCGGCGCGUUCCCUCACACUGAAGAUCCGCCUGAAUCCGAUGGACUUCGAGUAUUUCACGUCGAUUGUCAGGAGCGACGAAGAGCAGAGGUGGCAGGCCGAACUUUACCAACUUCCGGCACGUCCUGUGAGAAAAACGCCGCGCGACUACAUCGACGAGAGAAUCCAAAACGUGCUGGGCGCCAGAAUCAGCAACUUUGAGAUCAGUUUGUUGAUCAUUCAGCUGCUCCAGGGUUUGCGCGAUUAUGACACACCUGCCGAACAAACGCCCGCUGUGCAAGUGCUGAAGUUUGCUGUGGACACUCUGUGGUCGCUGCAGCUGGACGGCAGCAAUUUCAGCGUCAAAGAAUGCGCCAUUCUGAAAGCGUCAACCGCCAAGCUGAUGCUGAUGGCUCUGGAGCGAGCUUUGAGGGCCGACGAGCCCACCACGGCAGUGAUUCACAACGGUUUGUUACCGAUGACUCUGAGACUGUUGGAAGACGCCUGUAGCAAACCGGUGAACGUGUUGGAGCCGGAGGAAGGUUCGCUUUUGCAGGAGUUCAUAUUUGCCACUAUCUACGGGAUCGUCGCGUUUCUCUAUUGUCUGUUGCAUCAACGAGGAAGCAACAUCGACAAGCUGUCGGAUUUUCUCGAGCUGUUUCAGCUCUUCGUCGAGAGUCAGGACGGCAAGCUCGUCGAGAGAACUGUGUUCGCGAUCGUCGACUUGCCCAGCGUCGAUCCUGCGAAGUCGAUAGUGCGCGCCAAGAAAAUAAUCGACAUGAUAGGCGCGCUUACCAGCGACCUGAAGCGUGUUCGCCACGAUCUUUCUCACGUCUCUCAGUGCUGCAAGACCAAGCACAAGUCCUGCGUUAACGGCGCUCAGAAUUAUCAUCACUCGAACACGCUGGGAUCACCGUACUCCGAAUCGACCGACAAACAAGCGUGCUGCAUCUCCUCGCUGUUCAUGACGCUCAUAAGUUUGCUGAGGGAGUCUCAUCUGUUCGCGAACGAGCUGAAAGUGAGACUGAUCAACGUCAUCACCGCAACGGGCACGUGCUGCUGUUUCCCGCCGAGGAUAAUCUUCUCGAACAUCGUGGCCUUUCUCGGGAAACGCGACUCUCUCACCUACGCGUCGGUCGUGACGUUUCUCGAGCGUACAGUCUUCAAAGAACUGGGCGCUUAUUCGAUUACAAACGCGUGUCUGAUCUGUGACCGACCGGUGGAUUACUCGUGGGAUUUCCUGGAAAUGUACGUCGAUUUGCUGAGCCCGAGCGACCCGACCCUCUGCUACACCGUCAUGGCGCAUCUGCUCAAAGUCACACCUAGUUCCCGCUUUCACGUCAGAGAGCAGCUUCUCUUCAAGGUCUUCUAUCCGACUCUCCUGCGCGCCAAGGCGUGUUACGCGGCCGACAACGGCGACGUGACCGCCAAGUUCCUUCUGCAAUCCUGCAUAUCCGUCACGUCGUGUUUAAUCGUGAACGCGCAGAUGUGCAACAAGUUUAUGGAGAUAAACGGACUGAGCGAGAUACUGCCGUUGAUGUCGGACGCGGCGUUCACCAAGUGCGUUUACGCUCUUCUCGAAGUCGCCGUGGCCAUAGAAAUUCGGAAGAUGUGUCGCGAGGAAUUGGAAAUCGAUGCGAACGACGUUCAGAUGUCGGCUACGAAGUCCCUCUUUGAAUCUCUCGAUAAAGAAACGGACAAAUUGCUGAGCAAAUUGCUGUGUUCCGAUAAAUCGGAGAUGCGGGAACAGGAUGCGAAUCAGCAAAUCGAAACAUUCGACGACAAUCGGAAAGUCCAAGAUUUGUCCGCGAAAAUCGUCAGGAAAACGGUCGACGAUGAGGAGCGCGCGCCAGCCUCGACGCAGCAGUCAAAAAGUGAUAUUCGUCGCGAGCAAUCAGAGAACAAGACUGAUACGAUAGACGUCGUAGUAAGUUCGAACUCAUUCGAGAAUCUUCAUACUCUUAUAGAGCGAGUGUGCGUCAACGCGUCGUUCAAGAAGUUUAGCCUGUAUCAGGCCAGCGCCGCGUGGAGGGCAGCCGCGGGUGUCGCGCUGUGCAGCCCGAAAUUUCGCGCCGAACUGUCCGCGCAUCCAAUAUCCAGGAAGUCGUUGGAUUUGUUCAAGUUGUUAGCUGUGGGCAUCGCCACGGACAGUAUUGAAGAUACCAGCAAACCGGCAAACAAACUCUUCGAGGCUCUGAUUACAUGUUGCCUGACGUCUCCGUCGUAUGACUGUGACGUGGUCAUGGAACUGAGAAGGGUAUUAAUGAAUGCCGGAAUAACGCUCGGUCGUGGAAUAGCUGUGAUAGUGGACGCGAUGUUGAAAGUCUCCAUGCUAAAACCGGCGCAAGAAAACAGCGUACCGCCGCAACCGCGUCCCAGAUUGUCAACCGCAACGUUGGAGGUUCUGUCAGAUUACGGCGCGGAGGACAGUAGUGGCGGUGAAUACGUAUCCGCUGACGACGGAUACGAAGCGGACACCGAAGUGCCUGCAAAAAGUUCCAGUAGUAGCGCUCGUAAGAGAAGCAAUCCACUCGGACCUGUGAUCGAGCCGAGAGGUCACGCUCACGCUCAUCCUGCUUUAUGUUCCUUGGCGAUAGAUCUUUUGAUACAUUUCAGUGAACAAGGUUUAGAUUUAGAGAGAGGAUCGAUAAUAACUGGCGGAUUGCGAAGAGUCGCUGUUACUUGUCGAGAAAGUGCCUCAAGUUGUGCCGCUCUCGCGGCAUCGGGAAUGAUCACGAAAAUAUUGAAUGGCUUUAGAGACGUGUUUACCAAAAAUGAUCCUCAUUAUCAAGAUUUAAAACUUGCAGCGUUGGACGUGUUUACGUUGUUGGCGUCGCAAUCGAUUUCACCGACGGAGCUGAUCACGUAUUUGUCAUUUUUCAAAGUGAAGAAACCACCGUUGUUAUCGUUGUUGGGACCGCUGUAUCACUUGGUGCUGGCGGCGCGACCUCAACCGAACUUCAUUCUGUCGUUUCCCAUGCAGUGCAAUAUAAAAUCGUCGCUGAAAGUCCAGACGGAAGAGCACAAGAAUCUGGAGAAAGCCGAGAAUCUCGUAAACAAUUUCCGAAAGAAGCAUCUCGCUGCUGAGAUUUGCAGCCCGUGGUCCGUGCACGCCGUGUGUUUGCCCGUCGGAUCGGAACUCGCCUGGCCUGUGUGGUUGAACGGCUGUUCCGUUUCCAUGUGGUUAAGAGUGGAAAGAGGAUUGCCAAUUGGUGGCCGCGCGACGGUCUAUAACGCCUCGCAGUUGUUCAAUUCGAACAGCGAGAGCCUGUCUGACUGGGAUAUUCUUUCUGACAAUUGGAGUCGAGAAGUUGCGGCAGGUUCCACGUCGCCACCCGCGCCAACGUCAAUAUUACAUUUGAUGUCCAUUGGCUUCGAAUCUUUGGUUCUAGAAUCUUGGCUCGAUCUGAAAUCAAAUAAACUAAUUUUACGACUCACUCGUCCGGACGAUAAGACAAAUCGCACGAUUUCUGAGACAACGAUAAACGGUAUACUCUCAUCGGGACAAUGGCAUCACUUGACAUUGAACUUUAAAGAUACUGUCUUAAACAAACGCAGUGCCGUGAUCGAAGUUACGCUCUGGGUGGACGGUUGGCGGGAAGUCAAUACUCAAUUACCGUUUGACGGUUUACUGGUGAGAAAACCUGGUACUACGUGUAUUUUGUUAGGUCAAAUCGGGUCGAGCAGUAUUGGCGCAUGGUACCUCGGGAAUUUAAUGGUCUUUAGGUGUCCGGUGUUCACGCAAGAGCGUGCGUUGUAUCUGGCAAGUUUCGGACCGAAUUACACCAACUUGGCGGAUUGUGUUUUGGAUAUAGUGAGACCAGAUUUCGCGCCUCUCAUUACAUCUGGCGCACUGAAUGGUGUUCGUGAAGUAAAAUAUGAAAGCGGCAAAUUCGAUGCAAACCGGCGAAAAUCUUACGGCGGCACUUAUUUGAGACGUCCCGUCGAAACUGUGAUGUCGGAGUCGCAAAUCGACUGGGACGCCGUCAUGUACGCGACGAACUCGCAUCUCAGCGAGUUGCAAGAUAAUUUGCUUCUGAGUUACGAAGCGCAAAAUCCUAACAUCGUGCACUUAUAUCCCCAAGCUAUGGCCAACUCCGCUGCUGUUAUAAGAAAUAUCUUUCCGGGCCAAUCAGGUUUUAGAGUCGUCUCAGUACCGGAGCACAGGGUGUCGCAGCAACCACCUCUGUCGAUACCCUCGAUUGUGUCUGCUCGAUUAGGCAGUCAGCAAUACCGCGGACUUAUACCGUCCGCGAUUUUGACGGGCGGUGUGCCGGUAUUUUUGUAUCUUUUCGCCAGAGUGGUCGAAUUGAAUUCUACUGAGGAAGAGCAAGCUCUGGCUCUCUCCACAGUCCUGCAUCUUGUUCGUAGUGAUUCAGAACUUCUGAAUCAGUACCGAGCGGACAACGGGACGUCGUUGAUUCUGCGUGUUCUGGAAUCUUCACGAUGUCACGCGGGCAGACAUAUUCUGCAGGCGAUGCUGGAUGCAGCGUGCGACAGUCCGACCAUCGUCGUGGACGUCAACAGCAGCAAUCACUCGAUCUCGCAAAAUUGCGAGGCUGUUAUCACAGACCCGGAGUUGAUCAAGGCCGCGCUUAGCACUUGGAGAGCCUGGGCGAAACACGACACGUUGAGUUUGCUGUUGCAAGCACUGUUGUUCCUGCUUCGGGAUCAACACUCGCAACGCGAAUUCAACGCGUCUCAAUUGAACAGGGUCGGUAUCGUGAACACGAUCCUUACUAUGUGCAAGGAACACUUUAUGUACGAGUUAAAUGACGAAGUAAAUGCCAUGUUGGAUUCGAAUAUCGCGACCGCUAUAGUGGAGCUGAUACGUGCCUUAAUGGGCGCGCCGCCGGAGCUUUCACAUUUAAUCGCCAUCACCGAUUACCUCGUUCUCGUUCAUCAGGCUUCGGACACGUACAUCACUCAUUUGCGACACAACAUGUACUUCAUGUUGCCGCCGCUCAAAGAGAGAAAAACGAGUCUGACAAAACCAAACGAUAACAUGAUCAUCAUUUCCUCUGACGACUCGUCGGGCGUAGUCGUGGAAAGUGACAAGUUGAGCAAAGCGCUAACGAACGAGCAGAUUCAAAAAACUCGAAGUCCCAAGAAGAAGGAUCGCAAAACUGCGUCGUCGGAGAAGGAUGUCAGCGGCGAAGAUUCCGGGAUUUCGGCUAGCGACGGAUCUUCUCUUCAAAGUAACGGAAAACAGUCAACUUACGCGAAUGUCAAACGAGCCUGCCAAGGUUUGGUCUGCGAGGGAUUGCUGCUGUUACUUAGAGAUGCGGUGAGAGUCCUGCCCGACUGUGAAGUUGGAUCAAUGCUGAAGCACGUUUUGAGAGCCGAACUGCUGUUGGUCUUGGCCAAUGACCCCGACGUCCGAGUACGCACGGCAUUGAUCAAGGUGAUACAAGCCUAUCUGCAACGUGCCAGCGACGAAGAAGUCAACAAGUUCAUAAAGCAGAAGUACUUCAUGCAUCUGGGAAAUCAAAUAGCUCUGUAUCCCGGAAGCGAAUCGUUAACUGUCGCUUUGGAGAACCUGGUCCUGCGAGGUCCGACUCUGGCGGCAAUGCCGCCGUUAAUGGCGAUGGUCGCGAAGAGUGCAAACUCCGAUCCGAACGUGGCCAGAUCAAUAGUGUCGUUUAUAAACGAAAUAAUUGCGAAGAACACAAACGCACUGAAGGAGCUUCUGGAACAAGGUUUGAUCGAGUCUUUGGCACAGGCUCUGGUCGGGGCUGCGAGCAAAGCGAGCUCAACGUCCCUUCAUCGUGACAUUCACGUGUUGUUAGUGGCGAUCGCUUCCAAGCUUCUCGAAUUGCCGGGUAGUCAUCAGAUGCAAGCGUUAUUGGAUCUGCACGUGAUACUCGAUUACACGGAACUUUCGGAGAAGCUGCAAAGUUGCGCAAGCGCAACUUGCGUAGUCAUACGAGACGCUCAGGUUGCGUUGUUUGAUGGAGAGUUGGACGUUCUCGCGACUAAGAUGUCGAACCCUUCGGGAUUCCGUUUACGCAGCACAGCUUCUUAUUUAGCUUCGGCAUCUCAUUUUACGUCAGGUCUUACAACUUCAAGCGAGCAAAGCGAUCGCGGAUCUCGCUCGUCCAGUUACACGAACUUGCAACCGAAUUUAUCGACGGUACUGCGUGAACCCAGCAAAGGAGAGCUAAACGAUCGUUUUUACAACAUCGUGACACGCGCGGUCGAAUUUAUAACGACCGCCGACACGCCGCCGUCCGUCAACGAAUUGCACUUAACAAGAAGAUUGUUUUCUAUUCUCUUGCACAGUUUAUGCACUCCGUUGGAAAAGAAAAACAACUGGAGCAGCACGUGGCUCGCAUCUGUGAAACCAGCUUUGAGAAAGAAUACGGCUAGGAUUAUGGUGUGGUUGCUGGAACCGCAUCAGAGUAUCAACACGAGAGUGUACGCCGUUAGAUCUGUAAUGGAAGAGCCGAGAGCUCGCGAAAUUCUGUCGUGCAUUUUGGAAGUUCAUCCGCAGAUGGAGCAAAAAUUUACUGUGUUCUUCUGGGAUUUGUUACAAAAACGGGACGAGAUGCCAAGUGCCGACGCGAGAAUUUGCGCGGAAUUCAGAGAGGCUCUGCGUAUAUGGAACAUCGCCAAAGGACUGGAACAAGCUAACUCAGAAGCGUGGAACGACGAGUUGGCUCUGUUACGUCGAGAUUUCUCUUUGGAAUGUGACGUUAGCAUAAAAAAUUAUCCCGAACUUCUAAGAAUCAGCAGGAGAUUCGACACGCUGGCGAAACAAUUGGUCGAAAGCGCCAUGGCUAUAACGCGUUCGGUUGUCGAGGAACAAAAUCAAGAGCGAAAAGUGUUGAUGGAGCAGUUGAAGCACACACGAGCGCUGGAGGCCCAGGCGGUGGCCAGAUGGAGAGACAUAGCCAAACGAUUAACACACGAGCGGGCGCCCUGGCAUUUUCCCGAGAGCUAUCCGAAAAAUUGGGAGCUGGACCCGACCGAAGGCCCCGGGAGAGUCAGAAUAAGACUCCAAAGGUGUCACUUGAAGAUCGACAAGAGAUUCUUCUUGCCUGAAUAUCAAAAUAGAUUGGCACCGUUCAACAUCGAAAUGCCGUUGUCGUAUUUAUUUGUCAGUGCUCGUGAAGAUGCCAACGCCGCGGCGUUAAUCGAACGGUUACACACGAGCGAGAAAAUACGCAAAAUGUCUCAGGCGAAAGUCGUCACACCCAGAGCCGAAUUGGCCGGCGAAGUUCUCAUCGGCGAGACGUGCGUGUAUUUCGUUCCGGACAAUCCAGAUAUGCCGUUACAUACGGACAUAGCACUGGGUGGUUUCGAUUUGGCUGUGGCCGGUGGUACCGCCUGGCGUCUUGAGGAUAUUCGCGAACUGUACAAAAGGAGAUACCAACUAAAAGAGAUAGCGAUCGAGAUCUUUCUCAUUACCGGCAAGACGUAUUUAUUGGCGUUUAACUCGUCCAAGGAAAGAGACGAGUUUGAGGCCGAACUGUCCGCCUGCAAUUUGCCCAGGCGCGUACCCGGUGACGAUUUGGGAGAGGCUCUGGCCUUGUGGAGAAGCGGCGCGCUCACUAACUGGGAAUACAUAACUCGCUUGAACAAACUGGCAGGUCGCUCGUACAACGAUCUGAUGCAGUAUCCCGUGUUUCCGUUUGUUCUGGCGGACUACGUUAGCGAAAAGAUCGAUCUGAAAAACUACAAGAUUUAUCGAAACUUCAAACGUCCGAUGGCUGUGCAGGACAAAAAGAACGAGCAGCACUACAUAGACAAUUACAAUUACCUGAAGCAAACCUUGAAAGAGGGAUUGAAUCUGAUCGCCUUAAAUCAAGGACCAUUCCAUUACGGGUCUCAUUAUAGCAAUUCCGGAACCGUGUUACAUUUCCUGGUACGACUUCCACCGUUCACCAGCAUGUUUCUGUCCUAUCAAGAUAAUAAUUUUGAUAUUCCUGACCGAACGUUCCACGCGUUAGCGACAACAUGGAGAUUAACUAGUUGCGACUCGACAACAGACGUGAAGGAACUGAUACCGGAAUUCUUUUAUUUGCCGGAAUUUUUGUUGAACUCCGAAGGUUUUAAUUUUGGCCUCAGACAAAAUGGCAACAGAGUCGGAGACGUCGAAUUGCCGAAGUGGUGCGGCGGCGACGCGCGCAUCUUCAUACUGGUGCACAGAGCCGCGCUGGAAUCGGAUAUCACGAGAGUGUUACUGCCCUAUUGGAUCGACCUGGUCUUCGGAUUCAGACAGAGAGGAAGAGCGGCCGUAGAGGCUAUAAAUGUUUUCCAUCCUGCUACUUAUUACGGAUUCGACGUGGAGCAAAUAGCCGACCCGUUGGAACGUCAGGCUUGGGAAACCAUGGUGCGAACUUACGGCCAAACGCCCGCACAGUUGUUCAAAGCUGCUCAUCCGUUGGUUCACAAUCUCGACGCAGACGCGUUUCGCAACCAAACGCCUCAGGUUAUCGAGGGAAUCAAUGGUAUAAAGUGGGGAAAUUACGUGGGCGCGCCUGGCAACGACGCUUUUCAGUGCUGGAAGGAGAAGCACAGAACCCCGUUAGCUUCACUGGUUCCUCUGACAACCGGUGACGUUUUCGGCUUACCUGCUCAUUCCGCGCUUCUACUGGGAUACACCAAAGAGAAAGGUGGCAGCAUGUUGAGCGGUAUGUCUGUGUUGGGUGCUGCGUUAGCUUUAUGGAGCGGAACAGACGGAAUCGUUAGAUUAAAAUGUAAGAAGGAACAACCCCCAAGGCCUUUAAUUAAAUCGCCAGGUCUUGAUCCCAUCACAACACUGGGAUCUGCUCCCGAUUGCGGACAACUUUGGACCGGGCAUUUGUCAGGCAGAAUCACGGUGCACACUUACACCAUCGAGGCUACGGGCAAAUUCAAAUUCAAUUCGGCAUCCGCGACGGUGCUUUUGGCUCAUAGAAGUCGCGUGACAGCGAUAUCUCUGUCGCGAGCAUUUAGCAUUGUCUGCUCGGGCGACAGCAGCGGCGUCAUUGUUAUUUGGGAUUUGAACAGUUUGACGUAUGUGAGAUCAAUAGUCAACGAUCAAGGUUAUCCCGUACACCAUUUGUGCAUCAGCGAGACACUCGGAGAUAUAGCAAUUAAUUGCGACAUUCCCAAGUCGGAGAGCAACGCGAUUGCCGAUCAAUCCGAGUUGAGAGUUUACACCAUAAAUGCGAGAGCGGUGGGCGCUGUUUUAUCUAGAAGACGUAUAACGGCUCUUUGUUAUAGCAACGCGCCGGAAGGUGUUUCUGUCAAUGUUAUUGCAACUGGUUUAGAUAACGGAAUAAUAAGGCUAUGGAGCAGUUGGGACCUACGAUUGGUUCGAGAAAUAACAAGUAACGUGAAAGAUUGCGGUGCAAUAAUUGCCGUCGCGUGGUCUUUGGAUCAGCAUCAUUUGUACGCAGUUACGGACGAUUCUACUAUUCUCAUAUGGGAAGGAUCUAAGCGCCUUAGCCACGGCACCCCGAAGUUUGUUAACUUAACGUCGUUCUGAUCUGUGUACACGUACGAAUUGUCGUUCGAUGAAUUGUGAUGAUUGUUUUUCUGCGCUCGUUACUUUAGAUUUGUUUUAAUGUUAAUUAACGAUUAUUUACACACACACACGCGAAUCUAUUUUACUCUCAAUCGUAAUCAUGACAUGUAUUGAGGACAAAGCGAACAAUUGUAUUUAAAGUAUUAUUAUUUUUUUUUUUUUUUGUAUCUCGAGAUUCUCUUCCAACGUAAUAAUAAUUGUAUAUUCCUAAUUAAUGUAUACGAGUUGCUAUAUUUUUAUAUAUACUUUUAUAUCGUAAAAUGCAUAUUGUGUUUUUCCAUGCGAAUCAUGUCACUAAUUUAUAUAAGCGUAAAGUUUUUUUUUAUAUAAAGUAACACAUUGCAAUAUAACAAAGAUAUACGUAAAAAUUGCACUCAUUUCUCAAUUCUUUGCUCAGUUACUCCUGUGACAUGUGUGUUUGUAUGUAACAAUAUGUGUAUAUUAAAUAAAAUAUAUACUACACGUAAAAUACUUACUUAGCGUGUCUCUCUCAUUUGGACACAGACGUGGAAAAUU